CCCAUUAGAAACGACACCGUGUUACAUGCUUUUCCAACGGCGAAAAUUAUAAGACUACGUUUUAGAUCUCCCGCUCCCCCCGAAAAUUGGAUAAUUUUUGGAACCCUAGCUUCUCCUCCUGCGAUUCGCGACAAUGAAGCUCGUCAGGUUUUUGAUGAAGUUGAACAACGAAACUGUCUCGAUCGAGCUCAAGAAUGGAACAGUUGUACAUGGAACCAUAACAGGUGUUGAUAUUAGCAUGAACACACACUUGAAGACGGUGAAGUUGACACUGAAAGGGAAAAAUCCAGUAACCCUUGACCAUUUGAGUGUUAGAGGCAAUAACAUUCGUUACUAUAUACUUCCCGACAGCUUGAAUCUGGAGACAUUGCUAGUGGAAGAGACACCUAGAGUCAAGCCCAAGAAGCCCACUGCAGGGCGGCCUGUGGGACGUGGAAGAGGGCGGGGCCGCGGGCGUGGACGUGGUCGUGGGCGUUAAUCAUGUUUUUCUAUCUAUGUUAUAUCUUAGUCUUGAGCUAUGUGGAAGAUUUUGUAUUUUCAUCAACACCUCGAAUCUUACAUGAUAUCUAUAUUAUCUAGUAGUACCCUUGCAAGAUCUUUACUUUUAUUGAUGAUGUAUAUUUAUUUAACUAUCACACCAUGAAAUGCACUUGGUAGUACAAUGUGAUUCACAUACGUUGACAGGAA